AUGGAAGACACGAUCUCAGAAGUCAUGAGCUUACUCCCUCCAGGAUUCAGAUUCCAUGCCUCUGAUGAGGAGCUUCUGCUUCGUUACUUGAAGCCCAAGAUUCUUGGACAACCUGAUGAACCCUACUACAACAUAAUCCCAGAGAUCGACGCAUGCAAGUUCGAACCUUGGGAGUUGCUGCACAUUUUCGGUCACAUGUUCAACAGUAAGGAACUGUUUUUCUAUUGCUGUGUGAAACGCAAGUACUUGAAGAGCAAGCGCGCCAACCGCACGACAGUAGCUGGUUACUGGAAAGUGACCAGCAAGGAACGCCGCAUCAUGAGUGAGGACACCAACCAGCUGAUAGGAAUCAAGAAGACAUUGGUGUUCUACGAAGGGCGCCUGCCUGAAGGCAAAAGGACCAACUGGAUGCUACCUUAUGUGGCAAGUCGGAUCAAGAAAAAGAAAGACAAGAAUCUGAUGAUGGGUCACGCUCCAACAAUCAGCCCUGAGGGUUAUUCAAGUAGUCUUUACACAUGCACUAGCAAUGUAUUAGGCCCCGCUGUGAAUCAAGAAGGGGACUUGCCGAGCUUAUGCAACACCCCCAACAAUGAAGUUGCGGAUAACCAAGGAGCUGCUGAUGCUCAACCCCAGAUAUCACCGGGAGAGUUUGUGGAUAUGCUAACUCCGUUUCAGCCACUGGAUGACUAUCCAUCACACCAUGACAACGCUCCAGCCUAUCAGUCACAGGCAGGUGCAGAGGAAAGAUGGUUGUCCUCUCUAAAUUUCUCAGUUAACCACGAUAGGGAUGAGUUUGUCUAUGGACCCAUAGACAAUUUAGUGAAUGAGGGCUUCUCUGCUACAGCAUUUGACAAUAAUUGGAGCAAUGUCUACGGACCUCUUUGCUACGACGUUUGCCAAUGA